CCUCCUAGUUCCUUCAAGAAUCAUCUAGCCAAAGAAUCAGAAGAAAGAUAAAGUAUCAUACAUAUAUAAUACAUAUAUAUAUACAUAAACAGAGUGGUGGCACAAGUUCUCAAUGAAAUAUAUGUUUCAUAGCAAAUAUAUUCAUUACUAUUGAGAGAGAGAGAGAGAGAGAGAGAUCAUAUGGGGGAGGCACGUACAGUUGGGAUUGGCAUGGACUAUUCUCCAACCAGCAAAUCAGCCCUCCGAUGGGCGAUCGAGAAUCUGAUUGAUGCAGGGGAUCACAUCAUCACGAUCCAUGUCCAGUCACCCAAAUCUAAUCCCACCAAUAAGAAGCAGCUCUUCGCAGACACUGGAUCACCUUUGAUACCUCUUGAGGAAUUCAGAGAGGUUAAUGUGUCUAAGCAAUAUGGACUUACCCCUGAUCCAGAGGUCCUAGAUAUGCUUGAUACCGUAUCCAAAAAAAAAGGGGUUAAGGUGGUGGCCAAAGUUUACUGGGGGGAUCCAAGGGAGAAGCUGUGUGAUGCUGUGGAACAGCUGAAGCUUGAUUCACUUGUUGUUGGAAGCAGAGGCUUAGGAGUCAUUAAGAGGAUGUUGCUUGGGAGUGUGAGCAAGUACGUGGUGAUAAAUGCAACAUGCCCAGUCACGGUUGUGAAGGCCACACCAUUGUCCAAGCCUUCUUUUUCUGGUUCAUGUUUGCAAAAAAGGCGAAGUACUACUGAAUAGAAAGAAAAACAGAAAAGGAAGCCUUGUCAGAAUGUAAUUCAAACUUGUUGUAUUAAUUACUUUGUUGAUGUUGUCCUCUCAACAAUAUAGCAAUUAUAAGGGUGGUGUUACCCAGGCCAAUUCAGCUUAAGCCGACAACUCACAGUUGUGUGACUAACCCAUUACACUAGAGUGAAUAUCACAUAUUAUUACGUGAGUGCUCCAUCAGACUGAAGAAUAGAUUAUUGUAGUCAUAAUUAGGUCAUGAAUGCGUGAGGAGGAUUCGGUAGCAUGGUCGUCCUAAGCAUAUCAACAGGAGUAGCUAAUAUUUUAAUCCCAAUUUAAUCCAAUAAUUCAUAUAUGGAGGAAUUAUGGAUUGAAACAAUUUUAAAACAAGCAUAGCACAUACACUUUUACUUAGUACACAUAGAUCCCUAAAAAAUUCAAACCAAACAAAAAGUACUAGACUUACCUUACAAUAAAAUCCCUCCAAGUCACAUUAUUAAUAUCUCCAGAAUUACUACAAAUCCUCAAAGGAAGGCAAAUUCCAACC